AUGUGUGCUCAACUCCUUCCUCCGCCAACGAAUUUCAAGACCACUUUACUAUACGAGAUAGCAGAGCAUAAACCACGGAAGUACAAAAUGCCGACUAUGAGCUUCCUCCGCACCCUCACCCUCCUAACGCUUUCCUCCAUGGCUCUCGCAGCCCCGAUCCCAUCGCAAUAUCGUGCAGACACGUCGAUGGAACCGCAUACGCAGGCACAUGCGCAUGCACAUACACACACGGCGCGCCAACUCCCCGUGGGAGAUCUGAAGCUUCUCAACUUGGUUGUGCCGGGAAGUGGGAUCCCGGAGAGUGUUGGAAGGCUGUCGGGGGAUCUUGGAGGGAGGAAGCAUCUGUGA